AUGGACAUGGAUAUUGAUAUGGAAAUUGAGGGAGUUGAUGAAAGAGAACAAGAUGAAAUCGUCGAUUGUGGUGACUAUGAUUGUGACGUGCCGAUGAAAGAAGGCGACACGCGCGAAACCGAGCUCAACCACAAACUCAUAUCCAACUACAAGGCUUCAGUACAAGACUUUGCCCUAUUGAAGACCUUGGGAAAAGGUGGAUAUGGAAAAGUAAUUCUCGUCAGAAAACGAAACGAGCCAGACAAAGGGAAGCUUUUUGCGAUGAAAUCGUUGAAAAAAGCGACCAUCGUCACAAAUCAGAAGGACACGGUUCAUACCAAGGCCGAAAGAAACAUUCUAGAGCAAGUGACGCAUCCAUUCAUCGUCGAGCUUCGAUACGCCUUCCAAACGAACGGAAAGUUGUAUCUCAUCCUUGAGUACUGCCAAGGUGGCGAGUUGUUCAUGCUCAUGGAGCGUCAGGGCAACUUUCUCGAGCCCAUGGCCAAGUUCUACCUCGCGCAGAUCACCCUCGCACUUGGCCAUCUUCAUUCGCUAGGAAUCGUCUACAGAGAUCUCAAGCCGGAGAAUAUCCUGCUUGACAAAACUGGCAACAUCAAGAUCACGGAUUUCGGCCUCUGCAAAGAAUCUGUCUUCGAUGAGGACACGACAAACACAUUCUGUGGCACUAUCGAGUACAUGGCUCCAGAGGUAAUCAUCAGACGAGGUCACAAUAGAAGUGCUGACUGGUGGUCUGUAGGUGUCGUAAUGUAUGACAUGUUGAAUGGCGGCCCUCCAUUCACCGGAAGGGACAGAAAUGAGGCGAAGAAAGCUGUCUGCAGGGGGAAAUUGAAGCUAAAGAGUUACUUCACGUUGAACGCGAGAGAUCUGAUGAAAGGCCUUCUGAAUAGACAACCAGCAAAUCGACUCGGAGCGGGGCCGAACGAUUAUCUCGACAUAAAAACGCCCUUGAGCAUGACCCAUGCAGACGCGUUCGCCGGCUUCACAUACACCCACCCAUCGAUUAUGUCAGAGUUGACCAGUGAGCAGAAAGUAUCGAAUGUUAUGGAAAAGGAUCGACGAAGGAUCAAGAUGAGAGACGAAAAGCCAGUCGAGUACACCGCAUCGGCAAGUUACUCGUUUUCAGUUGAACAGGGAGGUUUCAAUGAGUCCCUAAAGGAGUCCCCCAAAGAUCAAGCUCAAGUAGGAAAUGGUGGCGACAAGAAAUGCAGCAUCUGUUGA